AUGGCUCGAAUCAAAGCAGAUCAACUGCACAAAAAGUCCGACCCGUCGACGCAGGGCAACACUGGCGCAUCGGCCGACCCCAUCGUUACCCGCCUCGCCAACGCCGACAAGGUCCCGUGGUACAGGAAACCACAUCUGCGCACCUUGUACCUUUUGCUGUUCCCGACAUGUAUGGGUAUUGAAUUGACGUCUGGGUUCGACUCCCAGAUGAUUAAUGCUCUUCAGAUCGUGCCGUCAUGGGUUCACUUCUUUGGUAACCCCCAAGGGUCAUUGAAAGGAAUCAUUAGUGCCGCCUACUCGUUGGGCGCCAUUCUUUCGCUACCGCUGGUUCCUAUUGUCAAUGACCGUCUCGGUAGAAGAUGGUCGAUAUUCAUCGGCUCUUUCAUCAUGAUAAUCGGCUCAGUGAUUCAAGGAUGCGCUGUCAAUGUUGGCAUGUAUAUUGCUGCUCGAUUGAUUCUUGGCUUCGGCAUUCCUACAUGUAUCGUCAGCGGAUCUGCCUUGAUUGGUGAAUUGGGAUACCCAAAAGAACGUCCAGUCCUUACCUCUCUGUUCAAUGUGUCAUACUUUCCAGGUCAGAUCGUAGCUGCUGGCAUUUGUUUCGGAACCAACAAUAUCCCAAAUAAUUGGGGUUGGAGAAUUCCUAGUCUUUUGCAGAUGUGUCCAUCUGUACUCCAGAUUGCAUUCAUCUUCUUCAUCCCUGAAAGUCCCCGUUGGCUUAUUACCAAGGACCGCAGCGAGGAGGCCUACGAGAUUUUGUACAAAUACCACGCCGAGGGCAACCAUGAAUCCGAAAUCGUGAAAGCCGAGAUCGCCCAGAUCCAAGCCACGAUGCAGAUUGAGCUCGAGGCAUCCAAGAAGUCUUGGAAGGACCUUGUGGCCACCAAGGGCAUGCGACGUCGUCUUUUCGUCACCAGUAUGUUGGGCCUCUUUACACAGUGGAGCGGCAAUACCCUCAUUUCGUACUACUUGAGCGACCUGCUGUCAAUGGUUGGUCAGACAUCGAGUGUUUUCAAGGCAAAGCUCAACGUCGGCCUCGCCUGCUGGAGUCUGGUCUGCGCCGUGGUUUGCGCCUCCGUCGUGACCCGGUUCAAGAGGCGUUCCAUGUUCCUUGCCUGCGCCAUUAGCUCGCUGGUCGUGUACAUUUGCUGGACGGUGAGCAUGGAGCGGGCCAUCGCGGCUUUGGACGCGGGCACGACCAACCCCGCGGCGGGCGCGGCGACCAUCUUUUUCAUCUUUGCCUACAACCCAUGCUACAAUAUCGGCUACAAUGCCCUGACAUAUACUUUCAUGGUUGAAAUCUGGCCAUUCAUGGAGCGAUCAAUGGGUAUUGCAGCCUUCCAAUUCUGGGGGCGGGGUGCCAACUUCUUUACCACCUUUGUCAACCCGAUCGGCCUCGAAAAUGCCAGUUGGAAGUAUCUCAUCUCCUACUGCGUCUUCUUGGCCUUUGAAGUCGUUCUCAUCUACUUCUUCUUCCCCGAGACGCAUGGCAGAACUCUUGAAGAGUUGGCUUUCUUAUUCGAAGACAAGGCUCUCGCCGAUGAGGCUGUCCGCGCCGUCGAAAAAUCAAUUGCACAUCAUGACGAGGGGACAGUCCAUGAGGACAAGGCAGCGCAAGAAAUUCAGACUCAAACUAAAGAGGUUUAA